GCCAAAAAAAUUUCCAGAGAGAAAGUAAUAAUCACUUGGUUUGUCUAUAUCUAGAUUGUCUAUGGUUGUUUUCCUUUUACUGUCAACUGCUGUCAAAAAGCUCCAAAAUGGUUCAGCGGCUAACUUUCAGAAGACGAUUGUCAUACAAUACCAAGUCAAAUCAGAGGAGAAUAGUCCGAACUCCUGGGGGUCGGCUUGUAUAUCAGUACGUCAAAAAGCCUAAGAAGAUCCCAAGAUGUGGACAAUGCAAAAGCAAACUGCGUGGUAUUGAACCUGCCAGGCCUGCUGAGAGAUCCCGCCUCUGUUACCGUAAGAAAACAGUCAAGCGUGUGUAUGGAGGUGUACUCUGCCAUAAAUGUGUCAAGCAGCGCAUUGUCAGGGCUUUCCUUAUUGAAGAACAGAAAACUGUCAAAGAACUUAAAGCUCAGCAAGCAAGUGCUAAAGGAGGCAAGAGGUCUGCCAAGUAAAUGCUAGGUUAAUAAAUAACUGACACAAACUAUGUGUUUCUAUGAAUUAUCACCUAUUU